UAAAUGGUGGAUAUUUUGCAAGCUUACUGCUAGUUCUGCGCAAAAAAUAAAAAAAAGUCCAGUUUGGAAACAUUGGAAAAAAUAUUCCGACUUGAGUGCGAAUGGUUGAAAACUCAAAUUCGAAACACCGUAACAAAAUACGGACCGUACGCGAAGACAAAUCGAUGGAACGGGAACGAAGAAAAUUCUGAAGUAAAAUUUGUUACGAUCGUGAUCCGAUCGGAUUGAUUCCUGUGAUGUAAAUUUUUUUUCCUCCUUGCUUGUUGGGACAUAUCGAAUCGAGAACGAAUCUGGCUGUCUGUUGUUUCGGGAAAAGAUUACAAAAAAUAGAGAGGAGGUACUUAUGCAGAUCUUUUAAUAGAAUAUCUCAUCGUGCCAUUUUGCUCUACCAGAAUCGGAGAUUCAACGAAAAGAGUUAUGAUAUUUAUAGCUGACAGCACGAGUGAAUGUGGAAUUAUUUGGGCUAAGUAGUGAGAAGGGUGCCUAAUAAGUGUUUUGAGGCUGAGAUUGAAUCGCUAUCGGAAUGUGCUGAUGGCUAGAAAUUGGGAAAUUUUGUAAAAAAAAAAACACUUGGGGAAGUGAAGGUUCUUUGGAUUGCGGCGUAUUGAGCAAGCGGAAUGUGAAAUAACGUAAUUAAUUUCUAGGGCACGUCAAUAUAAAGUGUUAUUUUGAAUGUGCCAUCGAAAUUGCAAAAGAAUCCGGUUAAGUGCUGAUAUUUAUUUUCUUUUAUUGACCUUGCGUGAUCGUCGAUAUCUACAGUGAAUCAUAUUAUGAGUUUGGUGAAAGCAAGGUAGAAGAUGAUAAACGAAGUUAUUUAUUGAUAAGGCAUUCAACGAACGACAAUCUCUCACAACAAUGGCACCUGUGAACGACCAGAAUGAGGCUUUAAACACCCUCUGGAAUGAGAUUGUGAACGUGCACUGGAAGUUCCUAGAUGCGGAUGAGUCUAUGGAGAAGAUCGAGCUGAGGAGGUGCUUGGAAGAUCUUAUCCUCCAGUACUUAUGCAAUAUGCCACACAAUCAAAAAUUCUUUCUUCCUCCAACGGCGCAGGUACUCAAAAAUUCAAUCGCUAAAUUGGAAGACUUUUCCGCAUACAAAGCAGCUAUCGGAUUUGAAGCAAUCAGCCAGUACGCGAAUAACCUUUUCACGAAACCAUGGCGGAAGGAGUACAAAGUGAUCAAGAUGUACUCUGGAUUCUACCAGCACGAAAUUGCGGCCAAUUUGAUAGGAGCGGAAGUGCUUUUCGAACAGAUGGGCUACCGAACGAUGCCAAAUCAAACGUUGGUUCUCGAGGGGCCCAUCUGUCCCGAUCGGGUUACCAACGUUUCCAAGGAUGCCAUUACGGCCAACGUAGAGUGUCAGAUUAUGAAAGAAAUCUAUCGCGAUCUGACUGAAAUGUCCCUGCCGGUUAACUGGAGUGAUAUCUACUGUUUUCGGGAAUGCAAUACAAUGAACGUGAUGCAAUCGGUACAGCUGAUGGCUGCGCUGAUUCAAGAGAAGCACCAGAAAACCCAACAAGCUAGGCGAAAAGAAUCGUAUGGCAGUACGCUAGCGCCAGCAGUUAGCUCUUGCAACUCUUGCAAUCCGUAUCAGUUUCAUCCACAUAUGCAACACCAACAGCAGCAGCAGCAGCAACCGCUGGCUCCUCAGCCACCUCCUUUGGCAGUCCACUCACAGCAAGCUCCUUCGAUGCCCUUCUGUGGUCCUCAAUCCUUAUACAAUACCGGUCCCUGUAGUAUGCAUAAUCAACCUCCAAGCCUGGCUUACGGUUAUCAUCAUCAUAAUAGUUACCAAAGCUACCUACCGAAUUCUCCAUCCCAACCCCAUGCUCCUCACCCAUCGAAUCAAUCCUCUGUGAUCCCACCCCACCCACCGCCUCCCCUCGGAGUGAUACCCCAUUCUAAAUCGUUGGACCAUUAUCAAGAUCCUGCCGCAGCCAUGUACAAUCUGACCGCUUGCAUGCAACGGCAUUCGAUUGAUCAGGCCUUUGAUUAUGCCGCAGUGUCGUCGGCAUCGCAUUACGGCGGACCGAUGGGAAUGGGUCCUCCGACAGGAGUCUACGACGCUGUUGACAGCUGCAACAUGCCGUAUAACAACCAUCCCUAUAACGUUUCCGGAAACCGGUUUCCAUUACCCUACAAUCUCUCCACAAACAUAGGACCAUGUAUCAACGGAAUACCAGGAAAGCCAAACGGAAAUGAACCAUUUUAUCAACCCAGUAUUAAUGGUUACCAGCAGAUGCCGCCGUAUUACCACCAUCGAAGCAGCAGUAACGGUCAAAUAUAUGGUCAGCAAGCGCAAUCCCAUAGACAUGCUGCAGACAUCUAUAUGAAUCACAGCUUUGAUCACGCCGGUUCGCAAACUCCUACAUCUAUCUUGAGCAAAAAGAAGACUUCCUACGAUGAUUACGAUGUUCCUGCGAUACGUCAUGGUGGAGACGCCAAAAAUCUUGGGGAUCUUAUCUACAUUGACACUCGGGAAGAAACGAUGAAAGAACGAAAGAAAUCCGAUCGAUGCAUUAAGGGUACCGAUUUGCUGAUGGACUACGAAUGUGAUAUGCUUCCCGAAUCGCUGGCCGAACGAAAUCAACUUCAACAGCAUCAGCAGCAGCAACAGCAGCAACAGCAGCAUCAGCAUCGUAAUCCCUACUUACAACAUCAGACAUCCCGAAACUCACGGCAGUCCGAUUUCGAUAGCUAUGAAGAAGAACAGCUGCAAUCCGGAGCUAAUGUGCGCGCUACGAACGUGACCAAGCGUAUAUCGAGUAAAAAUCAGGACGGUAUUGGCUCGUACGAGCAAUGGAACUACGUGUUCAAAAAUUUGGAGAAACAGGGAUACACCAAGGAUUUGGGCGAAAGAGGAGAUUUUCUAGUGGACGUAGACGGAGAAGAGUACCCCGAAGGAAACACCAGCAGGGGCAGUACAAUGAAACGCAGCAGCAACGAUAAACUGAAAGCGAUGAAGGCUAAAUCUGCGGACAAGGUUGAUGGGAUACGUAUCUUAUCGGCCAAGCAAAGCCCAUCAACCAAGCACGAUCGGGACAACGAAAGAAACGAAAUUGCUGCACGAACUGCUCAAAAGCCCAUCUCAGUACAAAAAAUUGCAAAACCUUCCAGCAAUACCCAGACAGACAAUAGCCAGAAGGCCAAUCACACAACCAAUCCAAGCAGCAGCAGCAGUGUUAACUACGGAGGAACAAUCAGCAGACGAAACUCCAUCCCUCGCAAGGUUUCGACCUCUACUAAAGAGAAUGGCACUUUAGUGAACGCUUCGGCUAAUAACAGUGUAUCUGGCGGCGGAAUCCUGGUCAAUCACAACAACUCAAGCUAUACGUCGUCUUCUGCUUCGGGUAAAAAGAAAACUACCAGUUUCGACACGGCAGCAGCCACCAUCAUCAAUCCAGAGGACGAUCGACGCGCCAGCAAUGGCUGUACGGGUCGCAGCGAAUGGAAUUGUGAAUUUUGCACUUUUUUGAAUCCCGACACAAAGCGCAUUUGUGAAAUGUGCGCCAAGAGUCGGGACUUUAAUUUGAACAACGGCGGAACAACGACGGCGACCAGCAAUGGGACAGCGACCUGUGUCUAAUAGAACAAUAUUGUGAUCAAACCUGAGAAAGAACCGACAAUGUAAUGGUUAUCAUUUGCCGACAGAGGAAAAUUAAUAAUUCGACCAUCUUACAGGUCACCUAACUAGUCAGAAAUCAAGAAAUAUAUGAAACUUAUUAAAUAUAUAUUAAAAUUGUUAUACAUUACACUAUUUUUAGAUUACCUAAGACAGAAGAAUCUAAUGUCUAACAUUUGUAGCAAUUUCUAAAACUAACUAAAAUGUAAGCUCAUGUUUCCCAAAUUAUGAAAAUUUUAAUAAAAUAACUUUUCUUUGUUUGCUGUUGACAAAUGAAAA